GAGAGAGAGAGAGAGAGAGAGAGAGAGAGAGAGAGAGAGAGAGAGAGACGCAACACCUGCCAGCACUUGACUGGAGGCUUAGUGCAGUGGACAGGCUUUGUAUACUGGGAUAUGUUUCUUUUUCUCUUUCAAGAGUUUUGAGAAAGCGGGAGGCCGGAGACACGAUUAAUCAAACGCAUCAAAGACUUUCUGACACAUCACAAUAGGCUUGGCUAAGAUUGCGCACUUCGUUCCUUUCUACUAACUUUUUACAACUUCAGAAGCGAAGCGGACUUUCACAAGUGGAUUGUUUGAGGGUGAUUUAACUCGCGGAAGGGUUUCGGGUGGCUUUGUGUCGGACGGUGCGCUGAAACAGGGUUUGGUCGCCAGGCGCAAUGUAGCGACCAUUGGGGGAGACAGCAUCUACCUGCACCUUGGCAAAGCGAGCCCAUUGUAAUCUGCAGCACUGCGAAAGAAAAUAUUACCAGGUGACCGUGGCAACAUCACCAUGGUGACGGCGCCGCCCCUCCUCUUCCUCCUCCUCUUCCUGAGCUUGCACGUCUCUGGUCUCCAGGGCAACCCCCGCCCUGCUCCCAGAGUACACCUUUCUUUCAAAGAGCUGUUGGACACCAGGACAAUCCGACCCUUCAGUUUUUCCUUCAACACCAGUGAUUAUCGGAUCCUGCUGAUGGACCAGGACCAGGGCCGGCUGUACCUGGGCAGCCGGGAAUACUUGGUUGCCCUUGACAUGCAGAACAUCAACAAGGAGCCCCUGAUCGUAAGAGCCGCUCCCUCUCCCCAAGAUGGAAAUCUGUACGCAGGGGUCCAUGUAGACUUCAUGGGCACAGACUCGGCCAUCUUUCGAACCCUUGGUGACAAACCAGCCGUCAGAACUGAGCAGUAUGAUUCCAGGUGGCUCAAUGAGCCGGUGUUCGUUAAAAUCCAGCGUAUUCCCGACAGCACGGAGAGGAACGAUGACAAGCUGUACUUCUUCUUCCGGGAGAAGAGCCUAGACGCUGGGGGAGGGGCCAGCCCCACGGUGCUGGCCAGGGUGGGGCGAGUCUGCCUGAAUGACGACGGAGGUCAGCGGUCGCUGGUGAAUAAAUGGACGACCUUCCUGAAGGCCCAUUUGGUGUGCUCUGUGAUUGGUGGGGAUGACGGUGUGGAGACCUACUUCCAUGAGCUGAGAGACGUUUUUAUUCAGUCAACUCAGGAUGAGCGUAAUCCAGUCGUCUAUGCAGUCUUCUCCUCCGCUGGGUCAGUGUUUAAAGGCUCGGCUGUGUGUGUGUACUCCAUGGCCGACAUCCGCAAUGUCUUCAACGGCCCCUUCUCUCACAAGCAAGGCCAUAGCUACCAGUGGACCCCGUACACUGGCAAGAUCCCCUACCCUCGUCCAGGCACAUGUCCAGGUGGCACCUUCACCCCAGGCUUUCGUUCUACCAAGGAGUUCUCAGACCAGGCGGUGAACUUUGUGCGAGCCCAUCCCCUCAUGUACCACCCGGUGUACCCCAUACACAGGCGCCCCCUUGUGGUGCGCACGGGUGUGGACUACCGCUUCACCACUAUUGCGGUGGACCAAGUGGAAGCGGUGGAUGGGCGUUAUGAGGUCCUCUUCCUGGGGACAGAUCGCGGAACAGUCCAAAAGGUCAUAGUCCUUCCAAAGGACCCCAGCACCACAGAAGAACUCAUUCUGGAGGAGGUGGAGGUUUUUAGGAUUCCAGCUCCUGUUAAAACCAUGAAGAUAUCCUCCAAAAGGCAACAGCUGUACGUGUCAUCAGAGAGAGGCCUGACCCAGGUGUCGCUGCACAGGUGUGCCGUGUACGGGAAGGCCUGCUCUGAUUGCUGCCUGGCCCGCGACCCCUACUGCGCCUGGGACGGCGAGAACUGCGCCCCUUUCACCACCGCCACCAAAAGGCGGAGUCGAAGGCAGGAUAUUAAACAUGGGGACCCCCUGCGCCAGUGUAGAGGAUUCAAUGCCAAAGUGGAGACACGGUUGCGGGAGACGGUGCAGUUUGGAGUGGAGGGGAGCAGCACGUUUCUGGAAUGUCAGCCCCGUUCCCCCCAGGCCUCAGUCAAGUGGCUGCUGCAGAAGGAGGGACGCAGGAAAGGGUUGAAUCGGGACAGGGAGAUAGUGAAGACAGCUCAGGGCAUCUUGCUGAAGUCGCUGUCUCAGUCAGACUCUGGUCUGUACCACUGCCUGGCCACGGAGAACAAGUUUAAGCACACGAUCGCGCGUAUAUCCCUCCGCGUCCUGGACCGCGAGAUCGUGGAGGCGCUGACUGCCCCCGACGCCCCGCCUGAACACCACCACCACGCCCAUCCCCCGCCGCCCCCACCUCCGCCUCAAACUCUGCCCCCCCAGCCUGAGGUCAGGCUGAUACAGCAGUACUGCCAGUCCUACUGGGACCAAACCGACAGCCAGCAGCCCAAACGCACAAACAGGAGACACACUGACUCACACACACCUGAGUGACUCACUCACUCGGACUCACACACAACUGAGUGACUCACUCACUCUGACUCGCACACACCUGAGUGACUCAAUCACUCUGACUCACACACACCUGAGUGACUCACUCACUCGGACUCACACACACGAUUGACUCACUCACUCUGACUCACACACACCUGAGUGACUCACACACGCCACACUGACUCACACACACCUGAGUGACUCACUCACUCUGACUCACACACACCUGAGUGACUCACACAUGCCACAAUGUCUCACACACACCUGAGUGACUCACUCACUCUGA